UUACUGCUGCUUUUGCGGAGAGAUCACCCUGCCUCCUCCGGAAAGAAGAAGAAGGAGGGAGGGGGAGAGAAGCGAGAGGGGAGCGAAGGAGGGGAGGGGAGCCGGAGGAGAAAAACGCUGGACCUCUCCGAGCACCGAUCUCAAAGCUCCCUUCCUGCAAGCAGCCGACACAGCCCGCUUCGAGCCCUGCAGCUAUUUCUUCUCUUCCCCCCCACCCUUCCCCUCCGAACAUUUUUCUCUUUUCUCCAACCCGUUUGCAAGCCGCCUUGGAGAAAACACCGCUGCACCCGCACGUAGGACAACACAUUCCUCCCGAGGAAGCCAGCGAGCGAAGGGAGAUUUUUGUUUCUUUGACUCUUUUUAACAAACGCCUUGCAAAAGCAUCGGAACUGGGGACGCUAAAGCUGGAAGGACGAAGGCUGGGGAGGAGAGGGGGGAAAAGCUCGGGGCUUUUAAUCCCUUUUUUUGCAAAGCACCCCCUUUGAUGUCACCGGCCUGGGCUCCCCCCGCCUUCCUCCCCCCCAUGUGCCAGCCAUUAAGAGAAAGUGAUUUGGAAUUGACGAAGCGGCCUCUCUUUCGUUGAGGGGGGGAAAGGGACCAGGAAAUUCAACGUGCGUGAUUGCAAAGAAGAGGGCAAGAAACUCACCCCCGCCUGGGAAAAGGGGGGACUUUUAAAUGCGUUCCUGAUCGUUUGGCUAGCGAUUUAUGGUCGUUUUUCCCCCUGCCUGGAGGACAAAUCCAGUUCGGCUGUGGAUUUUUCGGUCGAGUUUCAAUGAUUCUUUGCUUGCAACCUGGGCUGAAGAUUUCAGAUGUGUUCUAAGCUUCCUGGAGUGACCACUCUUCAGGGUACUGAUGGAGACAAGAGCUCAGAAUGGCAGCGGGUCACAGCCCUUGCUACAGGGUCAGCAUGACAGCGGGAGGCAGUAUGGAGAAUCUGACCUGCGGGAUGUUUUGGCGCAACAGGUUCACGUCUUGUCCUUGGACCAGAUCAAGGCAAUCCGAAACACAAAUGAGUACACAGAGCUGCCAACAGUGGCUCCGCGGCCAGGGUUAAAAGUGGCCCCUCGUCCAUCCAGCCAGCACAAAAAUGAAAGGCCGCACGGAUUGACUGAACAACGUCAUUUUACCAGGGUCCAGCUCCCCCAGGGCCAUGCAUCUUCCCGGGUACCACUGUCCCGUUCGAUCAGCACAGUCAGUACUGGCUCACGGGGCAGUACAAGGACAAGUACAAGCAGUAACUCGUCCGAACAAAGACUUCUAGGGUCGUCUUUGGGGACAGUUGUCGACGGGAUCAUCCGAGUGCAGCCCAAGUCGGAGUUGAAGCCGACUGAGCUGAAGCCCCCUAGCAAAGAAGAUCUGCACCUGCAUGCCUACAGGUGUGAGGACUGUGGGAAAUGCAAGUGUAAGGAGUGCACUUAUCCACGAACCCUUCCUUCCUGUUGGAUCUGUGACAAGCAGUGUCUUUGCUCAGCCCAGAACGUGGUUGAUUAUGGGACUUGUGUUUGUUGCGUGAAAGGGCUUUUCUACCACUGCUCCAACGAUGACGAGGACAACUGUGCUGACAACCCCUGCUCUUGCAGUCAGUCCCACUGCUGCACUCGAUGGUCCACCAUGGGGCUCGUCUCCCUUGUCCUGCCUUGCUUGUGGUGUUACCUGCCAGCCAAGGGUUGCCUUAAGUUGUGCCAGGGUUGUUACGACCGGGUCAACAGGCCCGGAUGUCGCUGCAAGCACUCCAACACAGUUUGCUGCAAAGUUCCCAAUGUCCCACCCAGGAACUUUGACAAGCCGACAUAGCAUCACUAAUCAGGAGUUGGGAAAAGUAAUAAGGAUUAUUUCUUUAGCACCCUAUGCAGCCAAUUAAAUGAGUGAUAAUUGGGGCACUGUUCGGAUGAUUUGGGGCGGGGGGAAGGGAGACAUUGAGGUUUGCAGUGACCUGCUUUUCUGUGUGUGUUUGCAUGGGCCCGCUUAAAGGAUAUGCUUGUUAGAACCCACCUAAUGGAGGUCACAGUGGGGGUACACUCCACGAGGACCCAAAUAUUGCAUAAGCUAACGCAACUCAGACACUCCUAGGCAAUCUGUUGUGUAUGUUUGGGUUUGUUUGUUUGUUUUUUCAAAUGAAUAGUAAAUUUGUAAAUUAGAACACUACUUCACCCCAGUCCCAAUUAUUUUCUGCCAGAGAUGUGCUAUAUUUUUGUAUAUAGGAUAUUUUCAACUGUGAAAAACGAGUGUCAUAGAGAAUAUGGCACUGGUCACAAAAUAUUAUACUAAUAUGUUGUACAUUCAGAAGAAUGUGAAUCAAUCAGUAUGUUUUUAGAUUGUAUUUUGCCUUACGGAAACCCUUCAAUUGCAAGACUCCGGUUCCCCCUCCCCCUUCGGACUUCAUGUAUAUUGUACAGUUACAGUAAAAUCCAGUCUUUAUUUUCUAAUUUUUUUCAACAUAUUGUUUAGUGUAAAGAAUAUUUAUUUGAAGUUUUAUUAUUUUAUAAAAAAAAAUAUUUAUUUUAAGAGGCAUCGUACAAAUUUCACCCCUUUUUACGAGGAUGCCACAGUUGCUGCAAAUAAGGGGUGAAAGAUUCAUAUGUUCCCUAUAAAAUAGAAAAUAUAUUAACGUUUGAA